CAGUUGAGUUGUUUUAGAGCGAGAGAGCGCAGAGAUCCUAAAAAGCCUACCUUUUUGACCCACCUUGCAGAUCUGUUAAGAAAUCUCUCCCCUCGCCCCCCCUUCUCUAUCAUCAAACAACUCUCUCUCUCUCUCUCUCUCUCUCUCUCUCUCUGCAUAUCUUCCAGUGUCGUCAUGGUUCCCGCCAAUCUACACAAUCUCUCUACUGCAUAAAAACCCUAGUUUCCCCACUCAACACUCUCCAGGUGGACACCAUCGCCAAACCCUAAUAAACAAAGAAAUAAAACAAGCGGAACUGGAGUGAUUCGAGAGUUGGAUUUAUGUCCCUCAAUCAAUCAAGGGUCGAGAGGAACGAUUCAUCACACUACCGAAAAUCGAGUCGAUCCGGGAGUUCUUCACAGCCAAGGAACUUCUCCGGCGGUAGCGGGAAGGGCGGCGGGACCGCCCCUCCACCAUCUUCUACCAAUUCGUCUUUGUCAUCGAAUCGGAGGAGGUCUAAUAAUGCACAAGGAGGACAAUCUAGGGUGAGUGGUGCCGGUUUGAACUCCAAUUCUAACAGUGCUUAUGCUGCGCGAGCUCUACAGAAUGGUUCCCAUUUACAACCAGCAGUACGUGGAACAGCUGAUGCCUCAACUAAAGGCAUUAACGUCAAGCCAACAAUGGAUGUGUCAAUGCAGGAAAGUGCCCAAGCUGUUCCAAAAGUUCCAUCUUCUCAGCCUGCGGCUGUCAAUUUUGAUUCUGCAAGUCCUACAACCCCUGCAAAGGGAGAUGCAUCUAGGACAUUUUCUCUUCAGUUUGGGUCCAUAAGUCCUGGUUUUAUGAAUGGAAUGCAGAUACCUGCUCGAACAAGCUCAGCACCGCCAAAUCUGGAUGAGCAGCAGCAUGACCAGGCACGCCAUGAUUCAUUAAGAGUGGUGCCUCAAUUUCCAAUUCCUCCUGUUCCUAAGCAGCAAAUUUCAAGAAAUGAUGGAGAACAAACUAAUGCUGGUGAUGCUCAUCAAAUGUCCAAGGCCAAAAGGGAUGCUCAAGUUUCAUCUGUGCCCCCUGUUACACACACUCAGAAGGCUUCCAUUCACCCUGUCCAUGGGGUUUCAAUGCCAAUGCCAUUUCACCAGCCACAAAUUCCUGUUCAAUUUGGCCCCAACCCCCAGAUUCAGCCUCAGGGCAUGGCAGCUACUUCAUUGCCAAUUCCUGUGCCAAUGCCAUUGACAAUGGGAAAUGCUCCUCAACUGCAGCAGCCAAUGUUUGUUUCAAGUCUGCCGCCUCAUCCCAUGCAGCCUCAGGGGAUAAUGCAUCAGGGUCAAACCUUGAAUUUCACUUCUCAAAUGGGUCCCCAACUAACUCCGCAAUUGGGAAACCUGGGAGUUAGUAUUGGCUCUCAAUUCACCCAACAUCAGGCAGGAAAAUUUGCUGCUCGUAAACCUGUCAAGAUUACUCAUCCAGAUACACAUGAAGAGUUGAGACUUGAUAAAAGGGCUGAUGCACAUGUGGAUGGGGGGUCAUCAGGAUCAAGGUCACAGCCAAAUGUGCCACAGACGCAGCCUCUCACAUCAGUUUCUCCCGCUCGUCCUGUCAAGUACUACCCUAGCUCUUACAAUCCCAAUUCUGUCUUUUUCCCUGCACCAAAUUCUGUUCCUUUAACUAGUACCCAGAUAAAUCCUGGUUCUCAGGUGCCAAGAAUAAGCUAUCCAGUUAACCCGAGCCCACAACCAACACCUUUUAUGAAUCCACCUGCGCAUAACUCCUAUCCUAGUAAAAAUAGCACUCCAAGUCAUGGCACUUCAGUACCAUCAAGUUCAGAACAUUCCCGUGAUGUUCAGAAUACAAUUCCUGCAGCACCAUCUGCUUCUGUACAGGUGACAGUUAAACCAGCAACCUCGUCACAUGUAGAAAAGAAUGUUGAUGCAUCCCUGGUAAUUAGUACACCUUAUAUUGAAAAGGGUGCAUCACCUAAAUUGUCUCAGCAAUGUAGGGAAGCUAGUUCAAUUCAUCUUCUAAAGGAUUCAGGGACUUGGCCAGAUAUCUCUUCACACCAGCUAAACCCUAGUCUAAAACCAACCUUAACAUCAUUGCCCGUGGCAGGUAAUCAAUCUGCUACUGCAUCACCUUCUUAUGCGGAGGGAACAGUGCUCAAUUCAUUGUCUCCUCCUCCUCACCUUGAGGAGUCUGCACUGAUUGUGAACAGUACUGAAAACAGGAGAGAAACUAUUAAUAAGUUUGACUCUGAUAAGGAUCAACAGAAAAAGCAGAUCAAGAAAGGACAUUCUCAACCACAUGAACAGGUUCCUGGUGGAACUGCUGAGUCUUUAACUGUUGAAACAACUUCUGCUUCACUGAAUUCCAGUAGGGGAAUUGUGGAAUCCCCCAAGGAAGCACUGCCCACCUUAAGUUUUGCCACUUCAGAUGUUCCUGAAUUUAGAAUGGAUAGUUACAACCCAGGCUUCACAUCUGAGGCCUCCAACAUGGUUGGUGCUCCGGGAAUUUUUGAUAGCUCAUAUGGUGAUCAUCAUGUUAGUAAAAAUCAUCCUCGGGAUGAAACUCUGGAAGAAAAAAAUGGAGGGAAAAUGGUUAAUGAAUGCCCUAAAGAUAAAAAUAGAUCCGAGACAUCUAAUGAAUGUGUUUCCUCGGUAUUUUCAGGGGUAGUUAAUGAAACUGAACCAAACUCUGUUACCAAUGUAGCAAUCAACUCCCAUGAGGUUGGAUUGCUGCAAAAUGUUGACGAGGAUUUUAAGAAGCCUGUUGGUCAUUGCAAAAGGGAUGAUGUUGGGGUUGAUGACUCAGUGAUAUCAACUUCUGUAGUGCUGAAUGGUGACAAAACUUCACCUUCUGAUGCUUUUAGAAGUGACAGCUUGGACAGUAGGCAAGCUGUGGUUCCAUCUGUUUCAGGUCCUACUUCGAAACAUGAAGGAGAAGAAGAUGCUGAGGAUGUAAAUGCUUGCACAAUUCCUGUGCCGGCAGUGAGUUCCAAUGAUAAACUUGCUGCAGAACUUAGUAGGUCAAAAGGUGUUGUGCCCAGGGGAAAAAAGAAAAGAAAAGAUACUCUACAAAAAGCAGAUGCUGCUGGAACAACAUCUGAUCUCUAUGUGGCAUAUAAAGGUCCAGAGGCUAAGACAGAAACUGUUGCUACUUCAGAAAGCACGGUUAGCGCAUCAAGCAUUGGUUCAAAGCAGGAAUCAAUUGAUGCUAUUCAAGAUGGUGAUGUAUCCAGUGAAAAAGGGGACCAGAGUAAAAACGAGCCAGAAGACUGGGAAGACGCUGCUGACAUCUCUACUCCUAAGUUGGAAAGUAAUGAUGAGAAGCAGGUUCGUGGAGGAAUGAAGCAACAAGGUGAAGAUGGAUAUGGAAUAAUGGCCAAAAAGUAUUCAAGAGAUUUCCUACUGAAGUUCUCUGUGCAAUGUACAGAACUUCCAGAGGGUUUUGAAAUUACAUCUGAUACAGCAGAGGCCUUGAUGGUAUCUAAUGUCAAUGCUUCUCGUGAAUCAUACCCUAGUCCUGGAAGAAAUAUUGACAGGCAAUCUGGAGCUCGAUCUGAUCGUCGUGGAAGUGGCAUUGGUGACGAUGAUAAGUGGAGUAAAUUGUCUGGCCCUCUUGCUUCAGGACGGGAUCCUCGAAUGGACGGUUAUGGGGGAAACCUCCGUCCUGGCCAAGGGGGUAAUUAUGGUGUUUUAAGGAACCCACGUGCACAAGCACCUGCUCAAUAUUCUGGGGGGAUUCUCUCUGGGCCUCUGCACUCUCAGGGUCCUCAGGGCAGUAUUCAACGAAAUAACUCUGAUUCAGACAGGUGGCAGCGUGCUACUGCUUUUCAGAAGGGUUUAAUGCCUUCUCCCCAAACUCCAUUACAGGUAAUGCACAAAGCUGAAAAGAAAUAUCAAGUGGGCAAGGUAGCAGAUGAGGAAGAGGCUAAGCAGAGGCAGUUGAAAGGUAUCCUAAAUAAGCUAACGCCACAAAACUUUGAUAAACUUUUUGAGCAAGUUAAGGCAGUAAAUAUUGACAGUGCUGCCACUCUCACCAGUGUGAUCGCACAGAUAUUUGAUAAAGCUCUAAUGGAACCAACUUUUUGUGAGAUGUAUGCCAACUUUUGUUCUCAUCUUGCUGGAGAGUUGCCUGAUUUCAGUGAAGAUAAUGAAAAGAUUACUUUUAAGAGGUUGCUGUUGAACAAGUGCCAAGAGGAGUUUGAGAGAGGUGAAAGAGAGCAACAAGAAGCUGAUCAAGCUGACAUUGGUGAGGUUAAGCAGUCUGAGGAGGAAAGAGAGGAGAAGAGAAUCAAGGCAAGGAGACGGAUGUUGGGCAACAUCAGGUUGAUUGGGGAACUGUACAAGAAGAAAAUGUUGACAGAGAGAAUAAUGCAUGAAUGUAUAAAGAAGUUGUUGGGCCAAUAUCAAAAUCCUGAUGAGGAAGACAUUGAAGCUUUGUGCAAAUUAAUGAGCACAAUAGGAGAGAUUAUUGACCAUCCAAAAGCAAAGGAACACAUGGAUGCAUAUUUUGAUAUGAUGGCCAAUUUAUCAAACAACAUGAAACUGUCAUCUAGAGUAAGAUUUAUGUUGAGGGAUGCAAUUGAUUUGAGAAAGAAUAAAUGGCAGCAGAGGAGGAAAAUUGAAGGGCCGAAAAAGAUUGAGGAGGUGCACAGAGAUGCUGCUCAAGAACGGCAGGUGCAAGCUGGUAGGCUAACUCGGGGUCCAAGCAUGAAUGCAUCAGUUCGGAAUCGUCAAACCAUGGAUUUUGGUGCUAGGGGGUCACAUAUGGUAUCUUCUGCAAGUGCUCAGAUGGGUAGUUUUCGUGGGUUACCAACACAGCACCGUGGCCAUGGAAUUCAGGAUGUUCGGAUGGACGAUAGGCAUUCUUUUGAUAAUAGAACUCUGUCAGUACCCUUGCCUCAUAGACCCACUGGCGAAGAUACUAUUACACUAGGUCCUCAAGGUGGUCUUGCCAGGGGAAUGUCCAUUAGAGGACAGCCAUCAAUGCCAAACAGCCCUUUACCUGAAGCAUCAAGUCCUGGAGAUUCCAGAAGAGUGGCUACAGGUCUAAAUGGUUAUAGUUCUGUACAAGACAGGACAGUUUUUGGUUCAAGAGAGGAUCUCAUGCCGAGAUACCCAUCUGAUAGGUUUGGGGCUCCUGACCCGUUGAGUGUUCAAGAUCGAAAUAUGAACUAUGGGAACAGGGACAUUAGGAAUGCUGAUCGCUGUGUUGAAAGAUCUCUACCUACUUCCCCAACACUACGUGGUCGGGCGGGGGCACCACUAGUUUCCCAGAAUGUUCCUUCUGAUAGGGUGUGGCCAGAAGAACGAUUGAGAGAAAUGUCCAUGGCAGCAAUUAAAGAAUUCUACAGUGCCAAAGAUGUGAAGGAAGUUGCUCUUUGUGUAAAAGAUUUGAAUGCCCCCAGCUUUUAUCCCACUAUGAUAUCUAUCUGGGUCACCGAUUCUUUUGAGAGGAAGGAUAUGGAAAGGGUUCUAUUGGCGAAUCUGCUGAUUGACCUUUCAAAAUCUCGGGAUGGCAUGUUAAGUCAAGAUCAUAUCAUGAAAGGGGUUGAGUACGUUCUUACUACUUUGGAGGAUGCUGUGAAUGAUGCGCCAAAAGCAGGAGAAUUUCUCGGUCACAUCUUAGCAAAAAUCAUACUAGAAAACGUGAUUCAGUUUACAGAGAUAGGGCAAUUGAUAUAUGAUGGUGGGGAGGAGCAAGGGAGGCUUGUAAAGAUGGGGCUUGCAGCUGAAGUUGUUGGAACCAUCCUGGAGGCUAUCAAGUCGGAGAAAGGUGAACCUAUAUUAAAUGAAAUUCGCAGCAGCUCUAGUUUGAAGUUGGAUAAGUUCCGGCCACCGGAUUUCAAGAGGCCAUUGAGAUUAGACAAGUUUCUUUAGAGAUAGAGAUGCUCAUUGAAUCUGGAUUUAGGAGAAUCUCAUGUCUAGUAUUUUGUAGGGUACUCUUGCCUUCUGCAAUUUGCAGUUAUAUUUUGUUUUCUGGGUGGGUGGGGAUUUGAUAUGUGUUGGUUGCCCUUAAUAUAUUAUUUCUUGAAAGAACUCGUUGCAAGAGGUUAUACUGAGCAUCCAAAUUAAAAGGCUUCUUAUUGCACGGGCAUGCAUGCCAGCGCUCCCA